AUGCCGUCUUGUCGCAGCCACGCCGCCCCAGCCGGGGCGACAUUUUUACAAGUGGGGGCGAGAGGGGGGGGGGGGUGCCACCCGCGGCCACCGCGCGCCGCUCCCGUCAUUUCGUUGUCAUCCGGGGGCUCCUUUUUGCGCGAUCGCGGCGCGAGCGGCGGCGACAAUGCCGUUCGGCAUUUCCCAUUCUUGGCCGGGAAGAAAACGCGGCCGGGGAGAAAAAAAAAAACUCAGGUGGCCGACAGUCCAUUGGCUGCGGCGCCUCAAAGGUCCCGCGGCGACGCGCUCGUGAAAAGGAGCGCGAAUCAAAGAGCUAAUGUAAUGCGACGCCCAUACAAAUCGGCUACCCGCAAAGCACCGUCUUCCGCGUGGCACCGCGAGCAAUCAACGGCCGACAAAGGGUUCCCACUGAACGAUAGACGCGGGCAUUCCGAUCAC